AUGGAUAAGCCAUUUCUUUUAAAUGAUCACGGACCGGAUGAAGAUGAUUUUGAUUUCAGUAUAAUUACUAACUAUAUUACUUUUUUAGUGAACGUUCCAAAAACCAGAAGAACCUACUGUAAAGGUAAAGAAUGCCGUAAACACACUCAACACAAGGUCACCCAAUACAAGGCUGGUAAGGCUUCUUUGUUUGCCCAAGGUAAGAGAAGAUAUGACAGAAAACAAAAGGGUUACGGUGGUCAAACCAAGCCAGUCUUCCACAAAAAGGCCAAGACCACCAAGAAAGUUGUUUUGAGAUUGGAAUGUGUUGUCUGUAAGACCAAGGCUCAAUUAGCUUUGAAGAGAUGUAAACAUUUCGAAUUGGGUGGUGACAAGAAACAAAAGGGUCAAGCUUUACAAUUCUAA